AUGUCGUUGAGUGUAUUAGUCUAUGGAGAUGAUCCAUUUGACUUGUUCCUGGCAUGGAGGUUCUCGCUAGCGAAGAGCAUUGAGCUCUGUGUCGUUGGUAGCAAGUACUCCCAGGAUGUUACGGUGCGGACCAGGCAGUAUGGGAACGGUGGUUUGCAAGUGGACCCGACCAAAGUGUUUAUGAGUGUUGGCGAUUUACUUGACAGCAGAGGCAACGCGGGUUUCGAUUUGGUGUUUGUGAAUGCUGCAGCUUCGUCGCUACAUGCAUUAUCCAAACGGGUCAACGAGGUGUUGCCUUUGUUCAACAAUACAAACACGAAGCUUGUGAUCAACGAGUCAAGUGCCAUCAACUUACAAAAAUUUGUCACAGAAGUGGUAGGAACAGCCAUUCCACAUCAUAACAUAUUUGGCUACGUAACUGACUAUGACCUGAGGUUUACAAUAGACUCUAAUUCUAUCCAACAUUACACCAAAGCAGGAAAUGUUAAACUAUGCGACUCGGCUUCUGACAAUAGCAUCCUGUUGGGGUCUACGGAUAUUGACCAAAGGACUGGAGGAUACACCACACAUGCAUUAAACCUACUCCAAACUUUUACAAAAUUGUUUUCAAAGCUUUUACCAAAUGAUACAAUAAGCGAUUGCAACAACUCCUACCAGCAGUACCAAACUAGUCAGUGGUCAUUUGCUAUACCGAAAAUUUGUCUUGAACCAUUGCUGAUUAUUCUCGAAGAAUUGAAUCCAACUAACCUAAGCUCACAUAUAUUAUCAAAACCGUUGAUCACAGGUUUGAUAAACGAAGUCAUAACGAUAGCAUCUCGUUUUGGAGUUCAACUGCCUCAGAGAUAUUCCUCAGAAACCGAGAUUUUGAACUCUUGGCCGACAUUAUUCCAAAAUCAGAAUACUCUUCCUACUAAUGUCCACUAUUUUGCUCAGGGACAAAACAAAUUCAUCAAUUUUGAUGUGGUUUUGUUACAACCGAUCCUACUCGCAGAUGACUUAAACAUUAAGACACCAUAUCUGGAAUUUCUGUACACUAUGAUCCGUCAAUAUCAAAUUUUAAAUGCAGGUAAAUCGAUAUGGUUUCAAAGAUCGGAUACUAAUCAAAAAAGCUCACAAAAUGAACAGCUCUUGGAAGAAAAGUUACAGAAGUUGAAUGAAGAGCUUGCUUAUCAACAAAACUAUGCUAAAGAACUGAGUACAAAACUUGAUCAAGACGAAAAGAAACAUCAGGACGAAUUGAAUGCAUUGAAGGCUAGACUAAAAGAACUAGAAACUCAAAGUAGAAUGAGUAAUACCAGUAUUUCUAGAGGAUCAGUGAUGGCUGAUGAUACUCUAUCACAACCUAUUUCAAAGUCAAUUUCAGAAUCGAGAAUUAAUGGAUUAGACAAUAUGUCUUAUUUGAAGGAAAAAGAAUUAGAACUAAAGAGAAAAGAACUUGAACUUCAAGAACGUGAACUCAGCAUGAAAAAGAAGUCGUUAAGUUAUGAGCAACCACAGACCACCAACCCACAGCAGUAUCACAUGAUGAGAAAACAAAAAAAUAAUUCCUCAUCUAGGAUACCGGACUUGGGUAAUAACAUUCCCAUCUCAGAUAAUCGUCCAUAUUCAAACGGCUCAGUAAACAACAAUCCAUACUACAAUAAUAGCAGAAUAUCUUCUGGCCACAGUAUCCCAUCUGCUUCAACCAAUGUUAUGAACAACUAUGUCGGAAAUAACAAUAGUGCUGGCGGGUACCCUCAAGGCCAUUUUAAUAGUAAUGUACCACUGAAAACUACAAGUAGAAAGAAUAGACCUGUAACAAUGCAUAGCUUUAACAAUGUACCAGGCUAUACUAGUAACGAUUACGGUGGCAGAAUGAUGGGUAACUAUUCUACCUCUACAUCUCAAAGCAGGUUUAACUCUCUUUCAAGUAACACAAUGCCUAUGAUGCAAGGUCCGAACAGUAACAUGACUACCCCUAGACACGUUUCAAACCCAUUCUUCAACGGCAACCAGCAACCAAGUCAACCAAAUCAACCAAAGAACAUGCCUGUUGUUAACAGAAUAUUAAGUAAUCAGAACAACUAUCCUACUAAUAAUGGGAUAGCACCAACUAAUAAUACUACUGCGAUUACGUCAAGUUAUAACACACUACCUAACUCACAGAGCCAGCCUGCGAAUCUAAAUACUUAUGGCUCUAGGGAACCUAUUCGCUUUGGUAAUUCGGCUCCACCUGUCCAAACUAACCAAAGUUUCAAUAAUAAGAACGUAAAUGAUCAACAGGGUUCAAAUAAUACUAGUAAUCAAUACUUGAAUGUACAGCAGCCGCCAUCGUCACAGGCUGGAACUGUGACAUCAGAGUCGAGACCAGCUAGCUCGCAAUCAGGAAGCUUUAUGAACCUCUCAAGCAAUACCACUGCGCAAGAUGUUGCAAGUGAAAAAACUGAUACUGAUAAAAAGAAGAAGAAGAAGCGGUUUGGACUGUUUAAGAGGAGCUGA